AUGGCUAUUGAGAUUGACCAACAAGUUUGUACUACUAGUAGUAGUUGUGUUGAGUUAUCAAACAUUGCAAACUCUGAUACUCAUGGAGAAGAUUCUCCAUAUUUUGCUGGAUGGAAAGCUUAUGAUGAGAACCCUUAUGAUGAGAUUACUAAUCCGUCUGGUGUUAUUCAAAUGGGUUUAGCCGAAAAUCAAGUUUCGUUUGAUUUACUAGAAGAAUACUUGGAAAACAAUGCAGAAAAACAACCAAUUACUAGGAACAGUAGUGGGGUUUCAAGCUUCAGAGAGAACGCUCUAUACCAAGAUUAUCAUGGUCUACAGAGUUUUAGAAAAGCAAUGACAAGUUUCAUGGGGAAAAUCAGAGGCGACAAAGUGAAAUUCGAUCCCGAAAGAGUUGUUCUUACUGCCGGUGCAACAGCUGCAAAUGAACUCCUAACUUUCAUUUUAGCUAACCCUGGCGAUGCUUUGUUGGUUCCAACUCCAUACUACCCAGGAUUCGACAGGGAUUUAAGAUGGAGAACUGGGGUGAAAAUUGUUCCGGUUCAUUGCAACAGCUCGAAUAACUUUCAAGUUACUCCCCAAUCAUUAGAAGAUUCAUAUAAAGAAGCUGAAUCAAUGAACCUCAAAGUUAGAGGACUUCUGAUUACAAACCCAUCAAACCCAUUAGGUAUAGCAAUGGAGCGUAAAGUUCUCGAAGAGAUCCUGGACUUCGUUACACGUAAAAACAUUCAUCUUGUGUCAGAUGAAAUAUACUCAGGUUCAGUUUUUUCUUCUACCGAAUUCGUAAGUGUUGCAGAAAUACUAGAAGAAAGAAACUAUAAAGAUGCGGAAAGGGUUCAUAUUGUUUACAGUUUAUCAAAAGAUUUAGGGUUACCAGGGUUUAGAGUCGGAACUAUUUAUUCAUACAAUGAUAAAGUUGUGACAACUGCAAGAAGGAUGUCAAGUUUUAGUUUAGUCUCAUCACAAACACAAAAUCUCUUAGCUGCCAUGCUAUCGGACACGGAGUUUACGGAAAAUUAUAUUAAGAUUAAUAGAGAAAGAUUGAAGAAAAGAUACGGGUUAAUUAUUGAGGGACUAAGAAAAGCUGGAAUCGAGUGUUUAGAAGGAAAUGCUGGAUUAUUUUGUUGGAUGAAUUUGAGUCCAUUUUUGAAGGAUUUAACAAAAGAAAGUGAAUUGAUGCUUUGGAAUUCAAUGGUGAAGGAAGUUAAGUUGAAUAUAUCUCCUGGUUCAUCUUGUCAUUGUGAUGAACCUGGUUGGUUUAGAGUUUGUUUUGCUAACAUGAGCGAAGAAACGUUACAAGUAGUAUUGAAGAGAAUUUACAGAUUCAUGGAAAAUACAUUCUCAAAAAAGCCUAUUGCCAACAAACAAUCUUCAGCACAUGAGAGAUUAUCAAGCAUGCAAAAGUAUUUUAAGAACUCUAAUGACGAUAUAUGCAGUGUGAAAUUGAAAGAUACGUUUCUUUUAGCACCAAUAAUAUACCUGAUAAGUAAACACAAUCAUGUUUUUCUUUGUCCGUACUGA